CCACAACCCCCCUUGGCCUCCUACCGGAAGUCGUCGUUCAUUUGUCGUCUUCUGUUUUGUGGCGUUUGUCGAAACGAGAGCGUACUUGAUUCGGCCAGAGAAGAGCCUGUAGUGUCGCAGUCAUGCCGCCUGGGCCUGUGCAGAUCAUGCAGCCGGAGCUAAACAACAAGCCCGAGGACCAGAAAGAAGAGACUCCAGCCACAAAGCCCAUUGUGGGAAUCAUCUAUCCGCCUCCUGAAGUCCGGAACAUUGUUGACAAGACUGCCAGCUUCGUGGCCAGGAAUGGACCUGAGUUCGAGGCCAGGAUUCGACAGAAUGAGAUCAACAACCCAAAAUUCAACUUCCUCAACCCCAAUGACCCUUACCAUGCUUACUACCGCCACAAGGUCAAUGAGUUCAAGGAGGGCAAAGCUCAGGAACCGUCUGCAGCUGUGCCUAAAGUCAUGCAGCAGCAGGCAUCACAGCAGCUUCCUCAGAAGGUUCAGGCACAGGUGAUCCAUGAGACAGUGGUGCCCAAGGAGCCUCCACCUGAGUUUGAGUUCAUUGCAGACCCUCCCUCCAUCGCAGCCUUUGACCUGGAUGUGGUGAAGCUGACCGCACAGUUCGUCGCCCGAAAUGGUCGUCAGUUUCUCACACAGCUGAUGCAGAAGGAGCAGAGGAACUACCAGUUUGACUUCCUGCGACCACAGCACAGCUUGUUCAACUACUUUACAAAACUGGUGGAACAAUACACAAAGGUUUUAAUCCCUCCGAAAGGUCUUUUGCUGAAACUAAAGAAGGAAGCAGAGAAUUCUCGUGAGGUCUUGGACCAGGUCAGAUAUCGUGUGGAGUGGGCCAAAUUCCAGGAGCGAGAGAGGAAAAAGGAAGAGGAGGAGCGAGAGAAGGAGAGGGUGGCCUAUGCUCAGAUUGAUUGGCAUGACUUUGUGGUCGUGGAGACGGUGGACUUCCAACCAAAUGAGCAGGGUGAGCAUGUUUAGUUCACACAACAAUUG